GACACUCUUGUCUUUCUCUUUCUUUUCACUGUGAUCCUCUGGGGCAGAGAACCGAGCUGAUAUGAGGAGGAGCACGCAGGAGAUGUGGACAGAUUCACCACCUCCUGUGUGGAGUGCUACCUACUGCUAACCAGCAGAGAUCUACAGCUGCUCAGCAAACUGGACAGCGGAGAGAAAGCACCCCGAAAACACCCCCCGCUCUCAAAGCCACCCCUACUCCUCAAAGUCCUCUCCCUCAAAGUGCCGUGUCAUUUCCCACAGUGUCAACCCACUCCUGCAAUUUGCACAGGCCAGGAGCACCACAGAGCAAAUUAUGGGACUUUGAAGACCGCGGCUGCAGCAGGAGGAUUUUCUUCUCACAGCGAGGCUCAACUUUGGGAUUUUUGUUGGAAGCCCAUGACAUUCCACCAGAUCUGAUAGCUGCUGCUAACCGAAGCAGUUUUAUGAGCGUCGGCACCAGGAGUCUGAGAUUACUUCAACAAGUGCAGCAGGGAAGAGCUUUGAUUUCACAGUCUGCAGGACAGCAACCAUGAGGCCGUUACCUGUGUUCAGCCUUCUGCUGCUGGUGCUUCAUGUUUCCUCAUCCUCAGCUCACAGGCAGCACCGACAAGUCUUUACUGGAAGCCAACCAGGUGUGUGUCGCUAUGGCAACAGACUGGAGUGUUGCUAUGGCUGGAAGAAGAACAGCAAAGGACAGUGUGAAGCUCAGUGUGACUUCGGCUGCAAGCAUGGCGAGUGUGUCGGACCCAACAAAUGCAAGUGUUUCCAGGGAUACACGGGAAAGACCUGCAACCAAGACCUGAAUGAGUGCGGCCUCAGACCUCGACCGUGCGAACACCGCUGCAUGAACACCUACGGCAGCUACAAGUGCUACUGCCUGAAUGGCUACACGCUGAUGCCGGAUGGCUCCUGUGCCAACUCCAGGACCUGCUCUCUCUCCCACUGUCAAUACGGCUGCGAGGAAGUCCAGGGGGAGAUCCGCUGCCUUUGCCCCUCGGCUGGGCUGCAACUGGGCCAAGAUGAGAGGACGUGUGUUGAUAUCGAUGAAUGUGUCACAGGGAAGAACCUCUGCCCGUACAACAGACAGUGCGUCAACACGUUCGGCAGCUACUACUGCAAGUGUCAGGAUGGCUACGAUUUGAAAUACGUCAACGGCAAAUACGACUGUGUCGAUCUGGAUGAGUGUCAAUCUGGCACCCACAAAUGCAGCCAACACGCUACCUGCGUGAACACUCAGGGGUCCUACAAGUGCAAGUGUAACUCUGGCUUCAGAGGAAAUGGAUUUGAAUGCACAGUCAAGCCGUUUUAUCAGAGGCCCUGGGACGGCGACAAAGGCAGUGCAGAUGAUUUCCUGAAUGCCAUUCCAGACUCACAAGCAAGACCCGAAGACAUCAAAAACAUCAUCCCUGAACCAGCCGCCACGCCGCCUCCUGCAGUCCGCCAGCAGCCAUUUGACUAUGAAGGGGAAGUUUACAUUGGUGCCGCAACUGAAUUCCCGCAGGAGGAGGAAGAGAACGAUGAAGAGGACAACCAGCUCAACCAGCGAGUUCCCGAAGACUUUGAUUCUGUCUUUGGACCUGCAACUGAAGUCAAAGAACUUGAAAUAACACCAGUUCAAGAAGAGUUCAUCAUGGACUGCAACUUCGAUCAAGGAGCAUGCGAGUGGGUCCAGGACAAGACGGACGACAUGGACUGGAGUGUGGCGUACCAUGAUAACGGCGCAGAGUACUACAUGUCUGUGAACGGGCUGAUGGGCGAGCAGGAUGAUGUGGCAAAACUGAAGUUGCUGUUGAGCGACCGAGCCCAGCAGGGAAGCUUCUGCCUCACCUUUGACUACCGCAUCGUGGGUCGUGACGUGGGUUCUCUCCGGGUGCUGCUGGACAACAACGACUACCCCGUGUGGGACCAGAACCGCAGCAGGGAUCAGGCCUGGCAGACGGAGCUUCUCACCGUCACCUGGAAAGACGAGGCGCCGCACUCUGUUAUCUUUGAAGCUCAGCGUGGGACAGGAGUUGGAGGCGAGAUCGGGCUGGACAAUGUAGUACUGACCUCAGGAACCUGUGAGGAUGGGAGUCCUGUCUUUUAACUAUUUAUACAAAAAACCAUGAGCAAGUUUCGCUCCAUUCGUGCACGUUUCACACCUGAUUUGAGUCUCUCAGGAAUCCAGAUGUUUGUCCUUGAACAGUAUUGUGUGCAGUCGGUUAAAUAAAUAAUAGUGAUGUAUGGCGUGUGAUGAGAAUGAUGAAAUAUACGGAUGUGAUUAAUCAGUACACAGCUCCUGUAUAUUUUGCAUUCAUGUGAUAU